CAUUUAGAUUCACUUCUCAUUCUACUUCAGUUCUACUCACCUCCAACUCGCAGAUUCCCCGGAAAAUGGAGCCAAACAAAGCGACGAGCACCAUCAGGAGAGUUGCCGUAUUCGGCGCCUCGGGCAACUUCGGAACUCCGAUCACAGCAGCUCUGUCCCAAGAUGGCUGCUUCGAUGUGACCAUCAUCACUCGCGUGAAGUCUAGGUCUACUUUUCUGCCGGGUCUGGCCGUCAUCAGGACCGCCUACACGGUAGAGGAUCUUACCAAAGCAUUGGAGGGCCAGGAUGCCGUCGUGUGUGCCGUGGCUCCGUCCGGAGUCGAGCACCAGGUCGCCAUGGUCGAUGCUGCUGAGGCCGCCGGCGUCAAGCGCUUCAUCGUGAACGAUUUUGGCUGGGGACUGAGGACCCAAACACACGGCUUGCCAGAAUUCCGCGAGACCAUCAAGCGGUGCAAUGUUGGCUGGGACUAUGCUGCUAAGCGCGCCGAAGCCAAUCCGUCCUUCACUUGGACGGGCAUCACCACGGGAAAACCCAUUGACUGGGCAUUGAGAAAGUUCCCUGCCAUGGGAUUCGACGUUGUCAAGGGCACUGCCACUAUUUACGAUGCCGGAGAUGAGGUGUUUACGGGCACAAUGCUCGAGGGGAUAGGGCAGAGCGUGGUCGGCGUGCUCCGCCACCCGGACGAGACGGCCAACCGCUUCGUCAAGGCGCGCUCCAUCAACACGUGCCAGAACGAGCUGCUGCAAGCCUUCCAGAAGGUCACGGGCAGGCAGUGGCCAGUGACGCACUCGACGACCGAGGUGAUGAAGAUGGAGGGAGGGGCCAGGUACAAGGCUGGGGCCGGCGGUUGGACGCUGUACAUUGCCGUGGCACAACUGUUGGAUCCAGGCAAGGCCAGGAAUGUGGUGGCGCCGUCGCGGGAGGAGUCAGAUGCCGAUUUGCUUGGGAUUGUAGAGGAGACGCCCGAGUCUAUUGCGGAGAGGGUCUUGAAGAUGCGACUCAAUUGA